GAUUAAAGAAACAUUUUAUCCUGAGAUCCCAAAUCCUGAGAACAGCAAAGCACUGCAGUUUCAGAAGAACAUCUGCAAAGGGAAUAAGACACUUAAAACACUGGAAAUGAACCCCUGCACCCCCAAUAGUGUUGAAGUGGUGGAAACACAGUCUGCUGCUCCCAAGAUAGAAUACACAGAGAUGAUGUCCCCAGCCGCAGACACCGUGCCCGAAGAUGACUCUGACUCAGAAAAUGAAAACCAUGUAGUUGUGUCCUAUUGCCCCUCUAUUGUUGAAGAGGAGAUCUCAAAUCCCCCUAUGGAUGAACCUGUGGGGUCAUCUCAGGUGGUUUACAUUGACAUCCAGUCAAUGUAUCCGCCUCAAAUUGAAGCAGAGGAGGAGCCAGAAAUAGACUUUGUGACUACAGCAGGCUACAAGCCACAAAUGCAGCUGCCUAUCAGUGCUCUGAAAAGAGAGUCUCGCUCAGCUCCAGAGAAAGAAUCAGAUGAAAUUGCAGGUUACAGACCUCAAGCAAACACUAAUGCCUGGAACAUGGACACUCCAGACUCACCUGGAUCAGUUGAAAGCAACAAUGAAAAUGCACCUUUUGGUAGCCCGUGCUCCAUUAAUUCCCGACAGUUUUUGAUCCCCCCAAGGGAUGAUGAAGACUCUCCCAAACCCAAUAACACAGGAUGGUCCUUUACACACUUUUUUUCAUAACAAACCAAAUGAUUAACAGUGGGUCCUCAUCACACCUGAACCUGCCUUCUAAAUAAGCUCUUAUUCCUGAUGUGGUAAA